AAAAGAAAUUGCGAGAAAAGUAAAAGGAAAGUUUACAAACUUAUUUUUUGGAUUUAUUGUACUACUCCACCUUAAAUUUUGUCUAGAAAACAAGUCAAAGGAAAGUUUGAAGCCAAUUGGGAAAAGGAAUGUGGAGUUUUUGAUCCCAAAAGAACAAUGGAUCUCAGCCUCUAAUUUCCCCAAACGAUUAACCCCUUCUUCCUUUUUCAUUCCUAUCAAUCAUGGAACUUCAUCAAUUCCUCCGAACUGUCUCCACACUAUUCUCUACAACUACUUGACAUGUCUUCUCAGCCACCACCACAACAACCGCAUCAGCAUCACCUCCACAAAAAACCCACCUCUUUCCCUGACUUCAUCUUCACUGCCUUUUCUCUCUUCAUUUUCUUCUCUUCUUCUAACCCCACUACUUCUAUUAUCCGCAAAUUCACCCCACUUAUUUCUUUCCCUUUAAACCCCCGUCGAUUCGUCAGAAAUCCCACUAUGUCCAACCCUUCUUCCACCAACCUUCGUAACCCUACCACCCACCCCUUCCCUAACCCACAGUCCCUCUCCGAUUGGCUAAGGCCGCGUUUGCCUUCCGAUUCUUUUUCCUCUUGGGGUGUUAAACCGGGUACCAAGAACGUUAAUAACCUCUGGCUUGAGUUAUCUGAAGGGGAGACUUUGCUGGCUGAUUCGACCCCUCCGGUUCGAACCGUGGAGGUUAUGGUUGUUCGGGUUGUUGGAAAAGACAAUAAAGUCCUUGUUGAAUCACACCAAGAAUUGUCUAACGGCGUCGUUAGGCAACGGGGCCGGCCGUUAUCUGAAAAGAUGAAGCCUGGUGAGACCGUCGAAGAUGCGGUGUUUCGUGCAGUAAAAGAAGAGCUUGGUUCUGCAAUUGUUAAGAUAUUGCCGAAUUCGUACUCGAAGAAGGUGGAAGAAAGGGUUUCAGCAUCUUAUCCUGGAUUGCCUGCUUGCUAUGUGUUGCACACGGUGGAUGCAGUAGUGGACGGCUUGCCUGAAGAGGAGUUUUGCACUGAAGAGUCCGAUGAAUAUGGAGAUUCUAGUGAGAGGAUGCUCGUUGAUGGUGCAGUUUCAUGUAAAAAGCAUUACUGGAAGUGGGUCGAUGCUGAUUCAUUGUGAUCACUUAUGUGGGAGCGGCAAAUAUCUAUUGGACAUAUCCAGGAGCGGAUACAGGAUUUCAAGAGGAUGGGUGCACUGUUAUAAAGAGGUACAUCUAGAAUUUGUAUUUGACGGGUUUAACUUUAGUCUCUUACUAAUAACUCACUACACUUUGAAAUUAUAUAUUCAAAAUUAUAUUCUUUUUAA